AUUGAAAUCUUCCGUUCCGUGCAAGAAGACAGUGCGUGUAAAAGUUUGAAUUGGAUUCGCGUGAAAAUCCGAUUUCAAGCGCAAAUCGCGUUCCGUAGUGCCUUCGAGAUCCGGUGUAUUCGUUGGGUUCAAAUGGAUUUGCAUUUUUUCCGUGAUUUUACAGUGUAAAAGUGAACAAAUUUUUAUGGAUAUUUUAGUUUUUCCUCGUCAUUCGGUCGGGGUUAGGCCAGCAAGGAAGAUCACGAAGAAGAAUAACAAUAAUACCACGGCGAGUGCACAGCUAAAGGUCGAUGCGAGAGAAAAGAACAGCUUAUAGCUUUCUUCCUCUUCAAUGAGCGGAUGGGUUAAGGUGUGUACGUGUAGUUGUGCCAGAUGAAACACAAUGCAUUAAUCGGUUUGUGUUGAGCAUGGCCCGCGUGUGUGGUUGUGGUGACGAAAGGUUGUGUUUCACCGUGUGACGUAAAGUUGUCCAUGCCAUAAUAAUUGAUUCAACACUGUGUUCGUAAAACUUGGUGAAGAAUUUACUUGUCAAAUUCGAGUGAAAAAAACAACGAUACAACCAGAGAUCUGUCAGCAAAAUGUUCAAUUGUCGUCCAUCAGCGGUGGUGGGUGUGCGUUAGCUACCGCUCGUUUCGUUCGACGAUAUGACGCUUGUGUUUGUGCAUCGCAUCACAACACAACACAGCACAAGACACCGAAAACAUAACAAACUUUGCUAGUGUACGUGCGUCUGUCGGCAGUAGUAGACGUGUAGCAACAAUAAUAAUGACAAUAAUACGCUGCUACUGAGCUGAAGCUGAAUGCGUGUGCAAAGGCAAAGGCAAGAGCUCAAGCUCAGUCUGUCGUCGCCGUGAGUAGUGGAUUCAUGAAGAAAACCGUCUGGUCGUGGUUGUCGCUGGUUGUUUUUGUGAAGCAGUAAACUGUCUGUGUCCAUUAUACACAUCGGCUGCAAUAGCAGCAAACCAAAACGAGUUAAAGAUUGGAAUUUCGCCAGAAAGUGUGCCUCCAUCCUGCGGGAGGUUUCAGCCCCCGCGAUCCAUCCGUCGUCUAGUGUUUGCACAGGGAGAAAUGGUCCCUUUUCCAAUUCCGAGUUGCUGUUUACGGAUUUACGGAAAUAGUUUCUGACCGUCGACCGUUCGUCGUUCGGGUUGGCAGAUUGGCUGCAGGCUGAUCGGGCACCGCUGCCCCCGCCACGACACCGUUGGUGUUGCGUUGCGGUGCGUUUGCAAGUGAAAAUGUAGACCGCAAAGUGAAAUUUUCCAACCCAUCCUCCAAUUAUCCAAAGUGAAAAUAUUGAAGAAGAGAUUUCAAAAAUAAGCGAAAAUUGCAUUGUAAAAAAGUGAGCCAUAUAGCAGCCGAAGCUGAAAAUCUGCGUGCAUAUCCGUGUAUUUGCAGCAGCCAGAAGAUUUACUUCAACUUGUGCAGAAGCAGGAAGAAAAGAGUUCAGUUAUAUGCUUUAGAGUAGUGUGCGGAAAGAAAAUCGAAAUCGAAAUAGUGUUUUGUGGCGAGUUUUUUUUUUGCACAGUGUACUGAAGUUGUGGUGUCUGGAAGGAGCACAACAUUCCGAUUCGAUCACAUAUCAAGCGGACUGUGGUCAACGAUACGCAUGCCGUCUUCUGUUGGACGUAAUCAACAUUGUCGUCAUUCGUAUGUGAUAAUCACCACGCUCGGAGCAAUAAUAACUGGGAACAAAAAGACGGAAGUUUUGUGCAUGCAGUGCUGCAGCACGGGAUUGAUUUCCUAACGCAGUGGGCCCGGGACACGAUUCACCUUAAAUGGAUAACAAUAUCCCGUCGUCUGGACCGUCCGAAAGGUCACCGUUGCAUCACAGUCGUACCUCAUCCAGUAGCAAUCUCAAUGGUAACGCCGCCACACACCGCCAGAGACCGCAAACGUUGACACCGACUCGCGACUCACCGAAGAACGUUCCGGUACCGAUGCUCACGCUGGUGCUGACUGUCAACAAGGAUGCCAGCGGUUAUGGCAUGAAGGUUUCCGGAGACAAACCGGUGUUUGUCGAGAGUGUUAAACCGGGUGGCCCUGCACAAAAGGCCGGUCUGAUAGCCGAGGAUAUGAUACUGAAGGUUAAUGGAACAUCUGUACGAUCCUCGACGCACACGAACGUGGUGGAGCUGAUCAAAGCUUCCGACAUUGUUGAAUUGACGGUGCAACGAAGCAACAACAGAAUGCAGCGUCCAUCACCUUCCACGACGUCUAUCACGCCGACGACGCCGAUCGCACCGCGGAAUUCCAUCACCGCUCCUGUUCCCGUGGAUCACGCCAAACAACGGGAGAUGGAGUUUCACAAAAUCAAAACCCUGCGACUGAUGUUGGAGCAGGAAAAGAAAAACUUGGAUAAUCUGUGCGCCAGUCACAAGCCGCGGGGGCCGGAGAGUGCGCGAGCGGAAGCCACCAUCAAGAAGCUCCAGGACGAACUGACACAGAUGUGUGGAGAGGAUACCUCAUAUCCACCAUAUUUAUCCGCCACUUCACCACUUUUUGCACAACCUCAAGUGCAGAACACCUCUACCCCAGCAUUCCUGUCCCGAUUUCCCCGUUCACUAUCUUCACUAAGUCUCGGAACGAAAAAGAAAUCCACGGAUAAAGACAACACCAGUAUCAGCUCGCCCAAUGCGGAGUGCCUGAGUCCGACUGCGGGCAGUGGAGGCCACCUUGGGAAUCAUCACGGCCCGUUUGGACAGCCGCUGGGUUCGUCGGGCAGUGGGAACGCCAACGGAACGCCAACCAAGAAAAAGUACAGUAGCAGUAGCGUUUCGGAUCGUAACCACAAGCUGCAACAGCAGCACUCGCAGGAUACUCCGCCACCGCUACCGCAAAGAAACAUUCCAAAACGAUCCGAAUCCGCCAUGGAUUCGGUAGACACCGUCGGUACACGACGGAACAUUGUGGUGUCUGAUUUGGAUCAUUCCGUACUAACCACUCCGCCAGGCAGUGGAUCAAACAAAUAUGUCAAUAACAAUAAUAAUGUCAGCAGUUCCGGUAGCAGCAGCGGCAAAAGUAGCAACAAAUCGAGAAAAAAGAAAAACAACAAUUUGUCGGACAUUAAGACCGAACAGACGACGAUGUACCACCACGGAACGGAGCGGGGUGGAAGUGGUGAACUACAGGCGGAACCUCCACCGCUACCACCCCGACAGCCCGGCAUGAUGGAGGUCAACCAAAACGUAAUCCUUAACAAUGACAACGUUGCGGCAUCGUUCGGCCGAGAUUGCAACAGCAAUACCAACAGCAGCAAUAGUAACAACCACAGCCGGGUCAACAGUCCGGAAACGCGACCACCACCGAAUAGUAUUAACACGCUGAUGAAUUACCCGCUAAUAACAACCUGUACGCCGGUACGGGACAACAUGGCAGCGGCGUUCCCUCUUUCGCAGCGACCCAAUAUUGUCCACCAGAUGCAGCAACACCAGCAACAAGCCGCACUGAAUGCAGCGGCACCGGCGGCGCACAUGAAUCAGUCCAUCAGCAAAAAGCACCGCCGAAUAGUAUCCUCGCCGGAGAACAUUAGUCCCAAAGAGUACAGCGAUCAUUCGGGAGGACUCGUUCCACGCCAUCAGAAAACUUCGUCCGAUUCGUGGGACAAGCGCUCGCAGGAAAUUACGCCUCCGGGGACGCCACCUCCACCUUAUCCCAGUUCAUCGCUGAUCGGCAGUGGUGCUGGUAGUGGCAGCGGACACUUGCACCACGAUCACACCACUGCCGGCGAUUUGGCAAUAGCAGCAAACAAUCUUCUUCAUCACCACCACCAGCAGCAACAGCAGCACAUGGCUCCGUCGGCCACGCCGAUAAUGGCCGCUCAAGCCAACGUUGCUCAGAAACCGAUCAUCUCGAUGGAGGACGAUGAAAUCUCCGAUCAGGAGAGCUUCAUCGAGGAGCACGGCCCAUUCCGAUCGUUGUCGCAACUGCUAGAACAGGCCCAUUCGGCUCAUUUAGCAGUAUUUUUAAACUUCGUACUUUCCAACUCGGAUCCUUCGCCUUUGCUGUUCUACCUUAUCACGGCUUUGUAUAAGGAAGGCAGCAUUAAGGAUAUGCGCAAGUGGGCGUAUGAGAUUCAUUCUACUUUUCUGGUACCUGGAGCGCCGCUUCUAUGGCCGAACGUGGAUGAGUCACUGGCCCGUGAAAUUGACGACAUUUUGCAGAAGGAAAACGACAAAGUUGAGAUCCUGAGGCGGGUGUUCUUCAGGAGCCGCAACAAAGCUCGCGACUACAUCAACAGUCAGCUGCAGGAGUUCCAGGUAAAACGGACGGCUGGUCUCGGAACAAUGUUCGGUCCGACUGACCAGCAGUUGCUAAACGCCAAAGGAGACAAGGUUAAAGAACAGCGAAUAGUAGAGGAAACACUGCUUCCAAAGUUACAACAGUAUUUAGAGGAGCUCGAGAAGGAAUCGCCAAAGGAGUGUCCGAAAAAGUUGGCCCUCUGCUCGGCAUUGUCCACCGUUCUGCAGAGGUUUUUCGUGACUCGUUCGAAUCCAGGCAGCCCGAUCGACAAGGUGCACCACUUCGUCAGUCGGGAGAAAAGCUUUAAAAGUCGGUUGAUGGCCAAAAAUCGAAAACAAGACAUUUUGGGCCACAACCUUCGGUUACAGCCUUACUACGAGGUGACUCGAUGCAAUCACUGUCAAAACAUUCUCUGGGGCGUGAGCCCGCAAGGAUAUCAUUGUUCGAAUUGUGAGUUAAAUAUUCACCGAGUAUGCGCAAAGGAUCUGAAUGAAUGCUGUCCGGGACCUGCACUACUGAAAAAUGACAGUAGCAAAAUCACCAAGCUAAUGGAGAAGAUAUCUAGCCGGAACCAUCAUCAAGCCGAUAAAACGAAAAGGCAUGAUGACGAUGGUGCCGGCGAGGAUACCUUGGGAGGUGACCGUCCCUCCAGCAUCUCGUUGGCUCGACAGCCGUCGGACCGAAGGCAGGACUUCAACAACAGCAGUUACCUGGGCAACGUUAGUUCCUAUUCGGAUUAUCUGAGCAAUUCCGCUGCUGAUCCGGACACUUUUGCGCAAAGUGUCGACAAUGAUCAGUUUAGGGAUAGUGUCAAAUCCAAAUCGGCCCCGGUGUCUGUCAAUCGGUCCGAAUCGUACAAGGAACGGUCGCAGAAGAAAACCCGAAACACCCGCCGAAAAACGUCGGAUCCCAGUCUGACGAAAACGACUGACGAGCAGAAUGAAGCCUCAUCGUUGAUCAACAACUAUUCCAGCAGUUCCACAUCUAGUCUUCCACUCGCACUGGAUAGCAGAUCGACGUCGCUCGAGGCGGUUGGUGGCGUGCCGGUGGGAUCUUCGGCUGGUCCGGGAGCUCCCACCGGGGUUGCGGUACCGUGUCCCAAUGUGUCCGCGACCGCCAACAGCUCAGGUAUAUUCAGUUCUCCGGGAGGACCCGGAAAUCUAGCUAAUUCGAGCUUCUUUAACAACAUAGUCUUGCCAACGGCUCGCGAAUGGGUCGACAGUGAGGAUGAGGGCAACCUCGAACCGGAAGCCGAUUGGAGUUCCAACAUACCAACGGAAAUUCUUGCCACACUGUGCAGUGUGGAAAAGAAACGACAAGAAGUGAUAAAUGAAAUCUACCAAACCGAGCGUAACCACGUGCGAACGCUUCGGUUGCUGGAGGGAAUCUUCAUGCGCCCGUUACAAGAAUCCGGAGCAUUGUCACUUGACUUGCUGCAGCUGCUGUUUCCACCGUCACUGCGGAAGCUGCAAGAGCUGCACACCACUUUCGAAAGCAACUUGAAGCAACGACGGAUUGACCACUGCAAUAUUAUACGGGAAAUUGGCGAUCUGUUAACGUUGAUGUUCGACGGCCAAUCAGGCGACGACCUGAAGGAGCACGCCGCCUACUUUUGUGCACGGCAGCAGAUCGCCCUGGAGGCACUGAAAGAGCGCCGGAAAAAGGAUGAAAACCUGCAGCGGUUGCUGAUAAAGGCCGAAUCGCACAAGGCCUGCCGACGGCUGCAGCUGAAGGAUUUGCUGCCGACGGUUCUGCAACGACUGACCAAGUACCCGCUGCUGUUCGAUAAUCUGUACAAUUUUACCGUCCGCUCGCAGCCGGAAAACGAAGCCGAAGCACAGGCCAUCCGAAAGGCACACGAUUCCUCCAAACGGAUACUGGAUCACGUUAACCAGGCGGUUCGCACGGAGGAAGAUAAUCACAAAUUAUUAACCAUUCAAAGGAAAUUAGACAAGAGUGGUCUAGAUAAGGACGCUUCUAGUGAAUUUAAGAACAUAGAUCUAACGAUACGUAAGUUAAUACACGAUGGGCCGUUGACCAUGAAAAAAAAUUCUGGAGUACAACUGCACGGAUUGCUGUUCGAGGAUAUGAUGGUUUUAUUACAAAAGCAGGACGACAAAUACCUGCUGAAAUACCACUCUAGUCCCGGUCUCGGUGGAAGCGAAAGCAAAAUCACCGAAGGCCGCUUCAAUCCCAUCACCAAAAUCAACCUGAUACUGGUGCGGCAAAGUGCCGUUGACAAGAAUACCUUCUUUCUCAUCAACACCAAUGUGUCGCAGAUGCUGGAACUGACGGCACCGAGCAGUUCCGAGUGUAAAACGUGGUUUAAGCACAUCUCGGAUGCUGCAGAUGCGUACAAAGCGCGUACCAAAGGAAGCCACGAGUACGGUGAGGAUGCCACCGGCAACGCCGGUCAGCCUCCGAAGGAUUCGUUCGAAACUGUUACCGAAGCGCAGAAGAUCGAACAAACUUCAACGCCGAUCGAUCGGCUAGAGCGCAAGGAUAGCAGCCUUCAGUGUCGUGCCAUUAGUACCGGUGGUCCCGGUUCCGGGGUGGGUGGCAACAGUGCCAACAGUGCAAGUGUAAACAGUGGCCUGAACAACAACGAAGACUCACUACCGAACAAGAACCGGGCCGCAAACGAGAACGAUGACAACGUCGAGAAUGAGGAAAAGGAAAAGAUCAAACGACGCAGCAUGCUGGGAUCGUCACAGGACUAUAACGGUCCGGGCGAUAAUACCGGCCCGGAGGAUGAAGACGAUUACGGCCCAGACAGCCGGGGCCGGGGUCUGAAUAAUACUCGAACUCUGACGCAGCAGUGCUCGCUCGUUGCACCGAGCGAAAUCCACGUCAGUAUAAGCAACACGCUGACCGCCGAACCGAUAUUGACACCUUCAGAAAAACUUCGCCGAUUAGACCAGGCCAUCCGCCGGACGCUGGUCGAAAAGCAGCGGGUCGUCUGUGAUAUGUUUAAAGUGCCGGAUGAGCAUUUCCUGGCGAUCGCGGAUAUUGCCGGUCAACCGGAAGCACCCCAAAAGGAACCAACGGAUAUCAUUCUUGCCGCCUUCUCUCACAUCCAGUCACUGACGGAUGCACUGAACGAGCACAUGCGCGUCUCCCAGAGUCAGGAGAUUUCCGCCGUUUCCACCUCUGUCUGUGAUGAGUGUAAUCGUCGUGCCGGCAGCGUUAAGGGCCUGCUGCCCCUGACCGCCAAGCAUGCCGUCCUGCCAGCAGCUGCCGGCUCCGGAUCGGACCUGAACGUUUCGGCGAGUGAUCCGGUCGGCGUUGGUAAUGCUGCUGGUAUGCAACCGAGCGUGGGAGCUCCACCCAUCGCUUUGCUGAUGGAGAACGAUCAGGUCAACAUUACCGAAGACGAGGAUGGUUACUGUGAGAUUGACGAAGUGAGAGCCGCUGCGGUUCUACUCGAAUCACAAAUGCUGGAAGCACAGGCCAAAAAGAUGGCAGCUGAAGCAGCUGCCCUUGCAGAGGCCAAGGCUGCCGACUCUACAUCGCUCGAUGAUAGCGGAGGACCGAAAACUCCGGAUUCGCAUAUCGAAAUUAAUGAGAACUAUGACAGUACACAGAACCAUCUGCCACCGAAAUUCACCGGAAUAGAUAUGUGCGGUAGAAAUCGACUGCUGCACGCUUCGGUCAUUGCGCCCACCAUACCGUGCCAUCUGAUAGCGAGUUACGUGACUGGUCUGAAUGCCCAAAUAUCACAGCUCUUGCCAAAAAUUAGUGAACGAGAUUUAGAACGUGAACAAUUGAAAAGGGAAAAUCAGCAUUUACGGGAACUACUGAAUGCUAUGCAUCAGGAGAGAGUUUUAGAAUCACAGGAAACUACGGAAGUGCCCGUAACUGACCCUGAACCACAACCACAACCACAACAACAACAACCCCAGGCUGACACAACACAACAGUCUCAACAAGCUGAUCAAGCCGCAUCAGCUACCCCCCAAACAACCACCACCACCACCACCAGUACUACUAAUGUAAAUGAGUGACUUUUCCAUCAACUCCCUUCGAAAUCGUAACAACUUCCAGUCAAAGUCAACUAGAAAGAUGUCCGAAGCACGGAACUCGCUAUCGAUGAUGAUGCUCGGUAAUUCCCGGUACGGUAUGGCCUUAAACAGCUGAUAACAGCAAACAACAUCAACUGCACCAACAGCAAGUAGGUAUGAUUAAAUGUGGUUUUGUAUACUCGAAUAUGUAUCGUUGUAAGCACUACUUAGUCAAACAAAAAAAGCAAAGCAAAACAAAACAAAACGUGUAUAAACUAUCGAUGUGCGAUCGAUUGGGUAUAGAAAGGAGAAAAACAAAUACCUAGACAUACUUCCCGCUUUGAGCCAAGUAUAGAAAAGAUAAUCAAAAGAUCAUAAGCAAUUUUUUUCACUGAUGGUGGGAAAUACUGAAUGAACACAAUACUGAAAAAGCAAACUGCUGGCGCUGAUGAAGGCGUCCUCUCUCCUAGCCAGCCAGCAGUUUCGAGAGCGAUAUGAUAUAAUGUUGAGUUUAUUUAUUCUCUGUCCGUCUUUUUUUUAACAUAUAUCAUUGUUGUUUUUGUUCUAUUUUAUUUAACAUUCUGUCUCAUUUCAUAUAUUAGCAUUUUUUUCAUUGUGAAUUUGUAAUGUAUUGAAACAAUGAUGAAAUAAAGAAGCUGCCUUCUAAAAGUAAAGGCUUGGAUCUUUUCCGGUUAUCACUAAACAGACAAAGCUGUAAGUAUCUUUUUUGCUUCAAAACGAAAUCCUUGUUUCAAUAGAAAAAAAAAACAAGCAAAUUUUCCCUUGAAACUUUCUUUGUGUAAAUGUUUUUUCCCUUUCGAUUGUUCGUCGCUCACGAGGGUGAAGCUUUGCUGAAGAGGCGAAGAAUGAAAAAAAGAUUUUCCAAAACCUGUCAUAGUUGUGAAUAUAUAACAAAAUUGAACGAAGAGCAUAACAAAUUUAGGUGUUCUUGUGUUGCCUAAGUAAAAACUAUAUAUAUAUUUUAUGCAAUACCUAAUAAGAGAGAGCAGCGGCAGAGAUAAAUUGGUGAAUAAUCAUCAACUGGAUGGAACUGUACACCUUAAAAAUUAUUUUUGUUUAUUCUAAUUGUUUUAUCACACACAUCUCUGGCAAGCAAGAAUGCCGCAAAAAUAGAACAACUUUUAUUUAUUGUAUAUUUUUUUCUUUAACUAAGUUUAUAAUCAUUAAAAGUAAUAAUAUAUAUCUCUACUAGAUGAUGACGGCAAAAGCGAACCUUGCAGAAUCUAUUUAAAACUCAAAACAGAUCAUUAUAGUAAGGUAGCAAGUUGUAAAUAAAAUUCAAAUUUACACAUAUUUUAUCAGAAAACAAAACCUGACAAAAUUAUAAACUCAUGAUUAUAUCUUACUCCGACGGCAUGCUAUCAGUAAAUUAUAUACUCAACAUAUGAAAAAACAGAAAUCGCAAAUGCAGUGGUAAAUUGGUUACUAGUCUUUUGGGUAUAAAAUAACAUACACAUUGAAUUCAAAUUAUUCAAAUAAUCUUGUAGUUAACCGUUUUGUGAUAUAGAUGUUUUCUAUACAAAAACAAAAUGCAGACACAUACUCAUAUACCUACGAUCGGUCAGAAUCGGCAAGAGUCGGUGAGGGUUGUCCUCCUUAAUGUUUAAACUGUUCCUAUUUUGUUUCGACACUUCACAUAUUUGCCCUCCUUUCAAGACGCGUUUGUACCCCGUUUCGCUCGGACAACCCCCCAGCAACAGCAUCCGUUCCUCUUGAUCCUAGUGUAGAUUAAAUUAUAACUGCGAACGGCGGAGCGAAUACAAAGGUUCGCUAUUUUUCAUGAAAAGUGUCUUAAAAAACCUUAUUUUGCGUAAGAUCAGUGUAGUGAAUGUAGAGUGCUGGCGAUGAAACUUGUACACCAGUUUUUUGAACCGAAAAUUGCCUUGCAAGAAAUCAUUUUUGGCUUUUGAUUUCUAGUAAAAAAUAAAUUUGAUAUCGUUUUUUUGUUAUUGAUAUGUCAGCUAGGCCGUUGGUUGCCAUGAAAACCUCUGCACGAGUAUUUCUUUUUAAAGUUCAGUGUUAAUAUUGUACAUUUUACACUUUCCGUCAGAGUUCUUUUCGCUGCUGUAUCGAGCCUACUUGAUGUAGAAAUCCAAUUUGCUUCGAAGUGCUUUCCAUUUCCAACUAUUGUCUACGUUUUCUUGAGGUUCCCUUCACGAACACCCAAUAUUUUUCAAUUGGGUCCACAUAUUGACCAUUUUCCCCUAGUGACAAGAGGCAAUAUCUGGCCAAAACCGCUCGGAGCAACUCUGUUUCCUUUAAAAAAGAAAAGGAAUCAAGCAUUUAUCGAACAUUUCUUUACAUAAAUAUUUUGGUGAUUUACAGUGCCAGUUGUCACGAAAAUUGCCUGCUAAACAAAGUAUUUUUUGGGGAACUUUGACAGCUUUUUCUGAUAAUUUUACAUACGUCAGAGGUUCUCCGAACACACUAUUAUAAAAGGCCACCUAAUUGAGAACAGCUAUUAGAUCAAAUCAGAUCAGUAACUUACCCCCUCGGAUAUCCAAUAAAGAAUGAAUGCGAUUCUUCAUGUCACAUAUGCAUUAUGGGUGAAAAUAAACGUGUGUGAUUACUAUGGUUACGAUUAUAAGCAUUGGCCCUAUGGUUACGAUAACUUCGAUAUGUUGUGUAACAAUAUACGAAUAAUUCCGUCGGUGUCUCUGUAUUUUCUUUACCACACAGCUACUUUCACUUGAUUUUUCCAAGUCGGAGUGGACUGAAAACAACACCCUCUUACUUCGACGCCAUUUUGACAACUGAAUAGAAAAUGUGGACAACAAAAUAAAGACAAUAUUCCGUACGCACACAUCUACAAAGUGAGGGAGGUUCAAGUUUUAAAAUGCACAAGUGAAAAAGUAGGCCAAAUUCCAACAAUUUGCAACCUUUUAUUCCUCAAAAAAUGUCUGUCUUCUCUUUCGGAAUCUUUCUAAUUGAAUAACGCACCGGUAAAGCUGUUAGUUUCAGUACACAAAAUACUAUAAAAUAGAUUGAGCUUGCAAAUAUUAUACCACUUGAGCCUAGCUGACGAAGGUGAGUCACGGUUGUUGACUCACUCACAACGUUUUGUAUACACACUGAUCCAACAUAAACUACUAAUUAGUGAGAUUUGAAAAGUUGGCCUUAAUUCGAUCUAUGUCGAUCAUGCCCUGAUUUACAUAUCGAGACAUCUUUUUGAUGAUAAAAUAUACCUAUGAUUUAACGCAAUUUUUGAUUGACGACAGUUUUUUGAUAUCGACCGAUAUGAAGCGUAUAAAACGAAUAUAAAAAAUAGUAGAUUUGUAUAGGAACAAAAAAAAACAAUCAUCAGUAUCAUAAAAAUAGCAGCGAUUUGUACUCAUGCUUGCCAUUUGAAAAACAAUGUAUUUUAGCUAAAAUUGCAACCACUAAUUGAGCAAAGGUUUUUGCGGUUUGGGAUAAGUUGACUUUUACUAUGCAUUUGAACUUGCAAGCCACGUGUAACAACAAUACAUAGACUAUUUGCAAACACAGGCAACUGUUUAUUUGCACCUACUCAUAAAGGAAACAUUUCUACAUGCAAUUAAAAAAACUGAAAGCUAGCGCAAUCUUCCGCAGCAUACUUUGAUUCGCCACUUUUUUGUAAAUAAAGCGCCAUAUGAGUAAAUAACCUGAGUUUGAAGCCAAACAUUCAAAAAAACAAUUGUAACUCCAUUACAAUAUUACAAACAACCUCUACUACAACUACACUAUAUUGUAUCUGUAAGCAAAAUAGACCGCAAGCAACAAAUAUUCAUACAAUUCACUCGUAACAAACACACACAUUCACGCACCAGCCCCUAACAUGAUGAGGUAGGGAACGUGGAGUGAAUUGAUAGAAAGAUACAUUUGUCAGAUUAGGAUGAAAAUGCAUGUAGGGAAUCAAUCCCUUAAACAGUUGAAAAAAAAGUAUUAUAGAUGAAGCAUGUCAAUUUCCUGCUCUGUAAUGGAAUUUUUAUUUUCUCUAAAUAACCAAACAAAAAUUCCCAUCAAUUACCUUAAAAUGCAAGAGGAUUGUUAGUUGCAGGACGACAACAGAAAAAUUCGAUUCUCGAAAAUUCACACUUUUCACAUUCGUUUCUAUAUCCGCUUUUGUAAGACCGAUUCAAUAAUACUUGUGACGCAUGGUAUUGCCUUCUUCUGUACGUUGGUUUUUUCUUUGUGCAAUUUGUUCGUAAAACGCGCUCGUAAUAAAAAUUAAGUGGAGAAGUAAAAACAAAAUCGCCGAUAAUGGUACCUAAAUACUUAAAAAAAACAUGCUUUAGCAAAACCCGUUUUAGUAACAGAUUUUUUUUGGCAAAUUAACUAACACUCCACACGGACGGCGCUCUGGUUGCGCCGCGUAAAGGAGCAGUUGUUUAAUUUUCGUUCGUUCCUUAUAUAGCAUGGAAGUUGGGUGUUUCACAAACAAGUUCUUGUAUAAAAAAGAAGAAAAAAAAUUAUGCAAAAAUAAAGGCAAAUGAUAAACAUAAAAAUAUUAAAAAAAUAUACAGAAAAUAAACAAAAACGAUGUAAAAAUGAA